AUGAAUUUUUAUUCAGAAUUCAAACACAACAUGAGAUUAGCUAAAGCUGAUCAAGAAUUCAAAAAAAAGUCUAAUGAAUCACUAAUCAAAGCAUUAGAAGAGAAUAAAUUUGCUUGUUUUACACUUAAAGCUGAAAAGUUUGAUAUGGCAUUAAAACAUUUCGAAGGCUCAUUAUAAACAAUUUAAGAACAACUUUAAAGUAUUUUCAUUAACUAAAAUAAGUAUAAAGUACAAAUAUUUUAAUGAACAUUGCCAAUUGUUAUGCCUAAUAAAAAUAACAUUAAAAAGCCGUAGAAUAUUACAAAUAGGUGAUCACUCUAUCUCCUUAUUAUGAUGAAUCUUAGAAAAUUCCUAUUCUUCACUUUUGUCCAAAAAUAAAUUCAUUUGAAGCAUUUGUUGAUGCUCAUACUAAUCUUGCAUGUUUAUUAACAAAUUUAGAUAAACCAGAUGAAGCAUAUGAAUAUUGUUUAAAGGCAAUAUAACUUUAACCUAAUAACUUUGAAGCUUAAAUUAAUUUUGGUGAUUUGUUAAGAUAACUUGGAAGAUAAAAAGAGGCUAUUGAUCAUACUUGGAAAUAAAUAGUUUAAAUUACUGGUUAAGGUUAUUAAGAACCUUAAAAGAUAGAUGUCAAAACUACACCUGUAUAAAAAAAUGAAUUGGUUAAUGUUAUUUGUAUGAAAUGGGGUACUAAAUAUGGUCCAGAUUAUGUUAAUAAAUUAUAUAAUGGAUUUAAACGAUAUUGUACUAGAUAGUUUAAUUUUAUCUGUGUUACUGAUAAUCCUGAUAACUUGUAACCUGAAAUAAUAACCAGAGAAUUAAAAUAAGGUUGGACUGGUUGGUGGGGUAAAGCAACUUUAUUUAUGGAUUAUUAUGAUUACCCUCCUGGAAAAUUAUUUUUUAUUGAUCUUGAUAUGAUUUUAACUGGAAAUGUUGAUGAAAUCAUGGAUUAUAAUGGUGCAUUUGGAAUUCUCAAAACUGAUGAAAUUGCAUGUGAAAAAUAAAAUAAAAAUGGAUAUAAUAGCAGCAUUGUUAUUUGGAAUAAUAGAUAUAUUUUUAAAAGAAUUUUUACUGAAUUAGAUGCUAAUUGGAAAAAUAUAUAAAAAUUUAUUGUUAGAUUUGAUUUCUGA